AUGCUAGCUGCAACUACCAAGUCAACGCAUAGGGUGACAAGUAAAUUAUCUGGUGGACGAGAUCCUGUUAUCGUCGAUUGCUGCAGGGGACCCCAAAAACCCUCCACUCGUCCUCGGUCUUCUUACCUACACUCUCAAGCUGCAGGUGACGGAAGAGACUUAGUACUGGGAAAAAGUGCCUACGACAUUAAAUUACCCUCAUAUAGUUCAAUAAAAUCGUCAAGUUUAGAGUCCAUGGACGACUACACGGCUGAUGUACAUCGAAUUGCCAAAUCCCGCACACACACGUCAACGUCAGGAGUGGAGAAUAAGACCAAUCUCAUUGUCAAUUACCUGCCACCAAAUACAUCACAGGAAGAGGUCCGAUCGCUAUUUGCCGGUAUUGGGGAGCUUGAAAAUUGUAAACUUGUACGUGAAAAAUCCACAGGAGAAAGCUUGGGAUAUGCAUUUGUCAAGUACUACAAUGCGAUGGAUGCCAAGAAGGCGAUUGACACAUUUAAUGGUUUAAAAAUGGAGAAUAAAACAAUCAAGGUGUCCAUAGCUCGUCCAAGUUGUGAUGCCAUUAAAGGAGCCAACUUGUACAUUUGUGGUUUACCAAGAAAUUUAAAAAUAAGUGAAUUAGAGGACAUUUUUAGGCCUUGUGGACGUAUUAUAACCACACGUAUUCUGUGUGACAAGAAGACUUCAGCUUCUCGUGGCAUCGCCUUCAUUCGCUACGACCGACGCUCGGAGGCGGAACGCGCCAUCAAAAAACUUAAUGGCUAUAAAUUCCCCGAGACAAAUGAUAUAAUGAUGGUAAAAUUUGCUAACUCACCCGGUUCCCAUUCGGACAGUCAUCGUUCCUUGUCAUCACGAUCGACGGUAGCAUCAUCCGGCUAUCGAAGACAAAAGGUGUCACCCGCCUCAGCGACAUCAACACCUCAAAAGUCAAAGUAUUGCGACACCGAGGAUUUAACCGCCCUGCCAACCGCAGCCCAUACACCGCCUACCACCAGUCUAUUCCAAGUAAAAGUGCCACAGUUCUACAAUCUUGAGCAUCCACGAGCUACACCGUUUUAUCCACCUACGAUGUCACGUUUUGGGGUGUAUGGCAAUGAGUACACCAUCCCCGCACCGGUUAACCUCAACAGACUAUUUUCAAAUCCAUCAUGGCAACGAACACAAUUGGGUUUCUGUCAAUUAGCAGCUUGGGGCUACCUGCAACAGCCAAUGUCGCUGUCAAAGAUGAGGCAUUCAAUGCCACCUUACAGAGGUGAAAUCACCACCGGGAUUCCUCUCACCAACUUCUUAGUACAUAGGCCGUCUCCUCCUCAAAUCCAUAUCCCAUGUAUAAAGCGAGGCAACAUUCCAAGUGAGAUUGACAUGUCAGCAUCCAUGAAAGCCCUAUUAGCGCCUGCCUACGCUGCGAAUGCCGGUGCCUUGACAACUAAUGGGUGGUGCAUAGUUGUACGUAACCUCGGUGCUGACACCGACGACGCGGUGUUGUGGCAACUGUUUGGUCCUUUUGGGGCUGUUCAUACCGUAAACGCGGUAAUCGACCCAAUGACAGGCAAGUGUAAAGGCUAUGGUUUUGUAACAAUGAGCAAUUAUGAAGAGGCGCUGAAGGCUAUUCAAGCUCUCAGUGGCUUCAUCCUAGACAAUCGAAUACUUCAGGUCUCCUUUAAAACAAAUGCCACCUUUCCCGACUACCUGGGAGACAACCAAUGUGUGGGCAAACCUUUUCAUGAAAUUUUUAAACGUAACAAUAUUAAGAUAAAACGACGUACCCGACGUCCGGAGACCUAA